AAGGCACCUGGUCCCUUCUUUCCCUGCUGUAGCAGGUUGAGCACCGCUGAGUAAACCCAUCUCAUCAGGAGGAAGAGCAGGAGGAGGAGGAGGAGGAGACACUUUUGGGGAAUGAUAAAACAACGAGCAAAGCAAGAGCUGCCAGGACGGCUGAGUGCCCCAAUGGCUGAAGAAAAGCCCGAGUAUACCAGCACUGUCAGUGAAGUCACGAUUGUGAACCUGCAGCCUGAGAAAAAUCCAGUUCUCCUCCUGGCGGGAGGGAAGCCAGGAAGCGAUCAUAGAAACCUUGGUUUCCAGCCUCCACCUCCAAGGAUUUCAGAGAAGCUAUGCCAGGGAGAGAAAAAAUUGUGUCCAGAAAAGGUGAAAAAGGAGGGAAUUUUGUCUCCCACCCUGUAUCAUGCGAAUGAGUUGUGUAGCACAGAGAACACUACCCUGAAGAGACCAGUGAAAUUGGCCCCUCUGGAGAUCCCUGUGGAAGUAAAAGAAGCCCAGCUCCAAAAGAUUAUGAGCAUCCAGAGAGAAGCCCAAAUGGCUGCCCAGAAGCUGAUGGUGAUCAACUCCAUGCGCAAUGAGCCCCAUGUGAAACGGGUAAAGAAUCUGGCUCAGGGGGAGCUGGGAAACCUCCAAAAGAUAAAGCUGAAUGAGAAGGCUGCUCCAGAGAACAAAGAUGAUCCUCUACCCCCUAAAAGCAGCAAACCCCUUGGAGAAAUCCAAAUUAUUUUGCCUUCAGAGACAACCCCUAAAUUGACUAAGCAGGCAGAUGCUGAGGAGGCUUCCAAGACACUCUGUAAGCCAUUAAUCCCCAUUCUCCAGGUGUCAAACAUGCAUGGAGAGCCCAACAGCCCUGACAGCAUCCCCGACCCCUGCCAAAAUGUUUCUCGGCGCCGAUUCAGAUUAAGACACACAAAAGAGCAGCAGGAAGACACCGGGAAAGCCAAACCCUUAAAGGCCACGGAUCCAAGUGUGGGAGAAGGCACGAAGAAAACUGCGGGGCAGAGGACACAAAAAACCCUCAGUGACGCCAGCAAGCUCAUUGAAAACGUGUCCAAAAAGCAGAAGGAACGAGGAGCAAAGCAAAGGGAAAUGGAUGAAGCCUCUCUUGUGAGGAGGCAGUCUAUUCGAAGGAUGGCCUUGGGAGACAUCAUCCAGGUGGAUGAUGACUGAAUGUCACAGCACAGGUACCCAGGAAGAUGUUUUAGACUGAGUGCUUAGAUUGAAGUCUUCAGAAGAGGGUGUGGAGACAUUAGUAGUCCACCAAAUAAAAAUAAGGUGAUACUGGUGAACAACUCUGUCAUUUCUGAGAUGCCUGAACAAGUGGCUCAGAGAAAAUCACCUUCUCACCUACUUUGCUCAACACUAGAAGGGCCUCAGAUGAGCA